AUGGUAGCCGAAACGAAACGACGCAAGGUGGCACCUCUACCGCCUGCCGACCGCCCAUACAUCUGUCUUGGCCUGGAAGGUUCAGCCAACAAGUUCGGUGCGGGGAUCAUCUCUCACUCUCCCGGCCCGAACGGAUCGACAGCGGACGUCGUCAAGGUCCUAUCGAACGUUCGACACACCUACGUGACCCCGCCUGGACAGGGGUUCUUGCCCGCGGAUACGGCUAGGCAUCAUCAGCAGUGGGCUUUGACGGUCAUACGGAAGGCUGUAGAGGAUGCUGGGAUUGAGAUGAAGGAUGUGGAUGUGGUGGCAUAUACCAAGGGCCCCGGUAUGGGGGGACCGCUGCAAUCAGUUGCACUGGUAGCACGAACCAUCAGUAUGCUCUACAACAUCCCGCUUGUUGGCGUCAACCACUGUGUCGGCCACAUCGAGAUGGGCCGCCACAUCACCGCAUCCCACAAUCCUAUCAUCCUCUACGUCUCCGGAGGAAACACCCAGGUCAUCGCCUACUCUCAGCAAAAGUAUAGGAUCUUCGGGGAGACGCUGGAUAUCGCCGUGGGGAACUGUUUGGACCGGUUUGCGAGGGUCGUAGGGCUGCCGAACGAUCCUGCUCCGGGGUAUAACAUCGAACAGAGCGCUAAAGGGGGUACACGAUUACUACCCCUCCCCUAUGCGACAAAAGGGAUGGACAUCUCCCUAACAGGCCUGCUCUCCGCAACCGAAGGUUACACGCACGACAAACGCUUCAUCGGACCGCUCGCUAGCAAGACCCUGGAGGAGCAGCAGAAGUACAAGGAGGAAGGAGAGGACGUGAUAACGACAGAGGACCUGUGUUUUACGCUGCAAGAGACGGCAUUUGCGAUGUUGGUAGAGAUUACGGAGAGGGCGAUGGCACAUGUAGGGAGUGCGGAUGUUUUGAUCGUCGGUGGAGUUGGGUGCAACGAGCGGCUACAACAGAUGAUGGGCAUCAUGGCAUCCGAACGAGGCGGCAGGGUAUUCGCAACGGAUGAGAGCUUCUGCAUCGAUAACGGGAUCAUGAUCGCCCAGGCCGGAUUAUUGGCGUACAGGAUGGGUCAACGGACGCCCAUCGAGAAGAGCACGGUCACGCAACGGUACCGGACGGACGCGGUACAUGUGACUUGGAGAGCAUGA